AUGGCGAUUUCCAGUGUGGGUUUCGCUUGCAGAUCCUAUUUGCCUGUUCGUAAUCGUACCCUCCAGCAUCACUGCUUAAGAAAGAUUGGCUUCAACACUAUUACUACUGCUGCUGCUGCUGCAAAUGAUACAGUGGACGAGCCAGAUGGUUUCGCCAAGGUCGGUGAUCGUCAAGACAAAGUUGCUGAUGGAACAAGGGAUUGUGAGUGGAAGCAGGUGAACUCGAAAGACCUUGGUAUAACCAGUUCAAUGAUUGAUAAGCCUACAAGACAAGUGCUUAACGGCCUUAGGAGAAAAGGGCAUGAUGUUUACCUUGUGGGAGGCUGUGUAAGAGAUCUUAUUCUGAAGCGGACACCAAGAGACUUCGAUAUACUCACUUCUGCUGAACUUAGAGAGGUGGUUCGGACUUUUUCAAGAUGUGAAAUUGUUGGAAGAAGGUUUCCUAUAUGUCACGUACACGUUGGUGAUGAUAUAGUUGAGGUUUCUAGUUUUAGUACCUCCGCACAGAAUUCUUCGAGAAACAUGAGAAGAAGUGAGCUCAGAGAAUCAAGUGUCUCAGAUGGUGACGAGGAUUGUAUCCGUUUAAACAACUGUCUGCAGCGUGAUUUCACUAUUAAUGG